AUGUCCUGCAUGGCCCCACACGAAUUGAAAUUAAUCGAAAGAUCGAAGCUAACAUCCGCAGGUGCCUCUGGCAAUAAUGAUCCCGCCAGAUCAGCUCAAGCACGAAAGACAAUGACCCGUCUAACCCGGGUCAUCCGACAGUUGAACCCGUGGGUUACCACGGAUGGUCAACAGAUAUACCCGGUUAAGGUAAAUUUUUACAAACCAUUCCGUUUAACAAAUAAUAAUUUGCUCACCAUUCCAGGCGCCAAAUGGGUUCUUUUAGAGCAAAUGAACUCUACGCUGGAACUAACCGACUGGUUGACUACCCACAUUUACCCGGGUAGCUACGACCGCAACCCGGGUCCAAUCCCUACAAUGAACAAGGCGACUAAAGCCCCGCAGUGCAACCACAUUAUCGCAGUCACUCCAAAAGGGUCGCGCGACUACUCGAAGCAUACAGGCGAGGGAAACGACACCGAGAGAAACAUCUUCCCAAGUCGACUGUCGAAGAUAGAAUGCAAGGGUUUAUCUACGCUUCUCAAAGGGAAGCUGGCCGAAGCUGACGAUGACGAGGGUAUGAUUCGUCGGCAAAAAGUUUCGCCCGCCUCUAUCAGAAAGCAAAUAAGGCGGAAAAACGUGCAACACAUGCCUAUCAAGAGGGUUACCGAUCCAACGGCUAGAAAUCGAGUAUAUAAUGAAAUUAUGCCCCACCUUCCUGGCAUCACGAAAGAAAUUUGCGCAAGACAAGGGCGAUAUACACUUUAUUUGGUAAGAUAG